CUUGGAGUUGGUGUGAAGAGCACCGUAGUCGUGAAGAUUAUUAUUUUCCUUUAACUCCCCAAAAAUCAAUCUGAUCAUAAUAAAACUAAUAAUAAUAAUAUCAGUAAUAAUAAUUAUAAUUAUUAUAUUCAUGGGGAAGCGAUUAACUCGUACACCACCUGGGGAAUACAAGGUAAACAGGUUUGAUCAGAGGAUGGGGAGGAGAGCUUUCAUCUCCUGGAUCAAGAGCCCUUCACUAGCAUCAAGGUAAGUACCACGAAGGGCUGACCAGGAAAUUAAUACAUUUCACUGACAGUAAAUAAGGAACUAAAAUUAAGGCGACCCUAACUGUCGGGGAGAUUUAGGCUAUACUACGCUUUUCUAUAACCACAGAAAAGCACUAAACCCGUUGGGGGUUGAGCUGGGGGAAUGAGAGGCUUUCAGGUGUGAUGCAAGGGGGCGCAUAAAUUCCUUAGAUCAAGAGCUCUUUACGAGAAGCCUCCACUGAAGGUAGUGAAAAAUUCAAGAUUUACACACCACCCUUUACCGGGCAGACCCGAGUGAAGUCGGUCCUCAUAGCGUGGUUUUUUGCGCACGUCCUACAACUCCCGCCGCGCAUCUAGGUUCCCAUUCUCUAUUUCUGACCAAUCACAGACCUUCCCUGAGUCGCCCAGGCUGAGCGGUGAUGGCGGCUGCUCGCUUCCCAUUGGUCGAGACAGCAGAAUGUAAACACUUCUACCUUGCCGGCGCCAAAACUCGUGUUUCUCGGUAUAGUGCUCCUUAUAUACUGAAGCAUUUCACCCAAUACAAUGUCGAUCAAUAAGAAAUUGUUCUACGGUGAGUCCUCCAAGGCUACCUCGAAAUUUGUCUGUGUUUGGGAUGAUACUGACUCAGAUCAAGACUCAGAUGACAUGGAUUUCCUGGAUAGUGAGGAUGAAUUCUUGCCACCAGAUGCAGAGGUGUCAACAGAUGGGGAGGAGGAAGCUGCGCCACCACCAAAAAAAAAAAAAUUGAACAAGAGGAAGAAACGUAUUACUAUGGAGGAAUACCCUGAUGAAGAAGUGCUUCAAGAUGAUCUUGCUUCUCAAGUAGACACCAGUAAUGAAGCUUUGUCAAACGUGGAAUACCCAUCUGCAUUUCAGUACCAACGUGCAGAAAGGCCAGAUGACAGUGUGAGGCUGGAUAAACAGCUAGGUCACUGGCCAGUGUUAGGUAAGCUGCUUUCAUGCAAGUUUUGCAGCAAAAAGAAUAAUCAUGUCACAUCCUCAUUUUGCUGUGCCAUAUGUAAAGUAAAUCUGUGCAUAAAGAAGGAUAAAAAUUGUUUCAUGAACUUUCAUUUGCAAAAUUAGUGAUGUGAAAU